GUGCGCGGCGUGGCCGCCGUCCUGGCGCUUCCCGCGGGAGCUGCUCCAGCUCGACUUCCUCGCCGCCGCCCUCCAGAUCCCCUUCGCAAGCCUCCUCGACGCCCGCGGGCCCCUGCCCUUCCGAGCGCAGAGCCCUUUCCACUUCCACAUGGACCGGCAGAGCUCGCUGGAGACGCUGGUGGACGUGUUGGUGAGCGUCCUGCAGGCCAACAACUGGCAGGAGACCAACCUGGUGCUCUGUCACCCCUGGGACGUCUCCGGCUUCCUUGGCCUCUGGGCCCACCGCUCCCAGCUCUUCCUCCGCACCGUCCUGGACCUCGGCUACCUGGACGAGCCUGGGGCCACCCGCUACCUCCGGCAGCAUGGGGAGCGCUUCAGGGCCCUCUCCAGCCCUGUGCUGGUGCUCGGCUGCGACCUGCAGCGCGCUCGGCUCGUCUUCCGGGUGGCCGAGGAGUCAGGGCUGCUGCUGCAGGAGUUUCACUGGAUGCUGGGCUCCCCGCUCAGCGCCAGUGAGCUGCAGACUGAGGGGAUGCCCCUGGGGCUGCUGGCCUACGGGGAGGUUAACCGGCCGCCGCUGGAGCUCUUCAUCCAGGACGCAGUGGAGCUGGUGUCCCGGGCCAUCGCCAGCGCCGCCCACGUCCGCCCCGAUCUGGCUCUCCUGCAGACAAUGGUGAACUGCAACGACAGGCGCCAGGCGGGCAGCGAGUCCUCGGGGCUCUUCCUCUCCCGGUUCCUGGCCAACACAUCCUUCCAUGGCCGGACAGGGCCCGUGCGUGUGGAGAACGCGACGCUAGUGCGCCUGGAGCAGCAGUACCGUGUCUGGAGCCUGCGACGGGACUCGCGGGGGGAGCCCACCUGGGUGACGGUGGGCACCUGGCGGCACGGCAAGCUGGAGCUGGAGGAGGGCGCAUGGCAGAGCCACCGCCAGCGCAAGAGCCCCGUCGAGGGGCCCGGGGGGGCCCACAUGAAGCUGCGGGUGGUGACGCUGGUGGAGCACCCCUUCGUCUUCACCAGGGAGGCAGAUGAGGAUGGGAGCUGCCCGGCCGGGCAGCUCUGCCUGGAUCCCGGCACCAAUGACUCGGCCGUGCUGGAUGCCCUCUUCGAGGAGCUCGGUGCUGAGAACGGCUCGGUGCCGCAGGCGUACAAGAAGUGCUGCUACGGAUACUGCAUCGACCUGCUGGAGAAGCUGGCCGAGGACGUGCCCUUUGACUUUGAGCUCUACAUUGUGGGUGAUGGGAAAUACGGGGCCUGGAAGAACGGGCGCUGGACGGGGCUGGUGGGGGACCUGCUCAGUGGCAUGGCCCACAUGGCCGUCACCUCCUUCAGCAUCAACUCGGCGCGGAGCAAAGUCAUUGACUUCACCAGCCCCUUCUUCUCCACCAGCCUGGGCAUCUUGGUGAGGACCAAGGACACGGCAUCGCCUAUCGGGGCCUUCAUGUGGCCCUUGCACUGGACCAUGUGGGUGGGCAUCUUUGUGGCCCUGCACAUGACCGCACUCUUCCUCACCCUGUACGAGUGGAAGAGCCCCUACGGCAUGACCCCCCACGGCCGCAACCGCAUGAAGAUCUUCUCCUACUCCUCAGCCCUCAACCUCUGCUACGCCAUCCUCUUUGGGCGCACCGUGUCCAGCAAGACACCCAAGUGCUGCACCGGCCGCUUCCUCAUGAACCUCUGGGCCAUCUUCUGCCUCCUGGUGCUCUCCAGCUACACGGCCAACCUUGCGGCCGUCAUGGUGGGGGACAAGACCUUUGAGGAGCUCUCGGGCAUCCAUGACCCAAAGGUAGGAGAGCGUCUGGGCUGCUUCAGCUGGGGUGAGAUGGGGCUGAAGUCCAGGGAAGAGGGGUGUCUGUGGCGCUACACCGUCCCCACCACCCCUGCCGGCGUCACCAUGCUCAAGACGGAGCCCCCCAAGCUCAACGCCUUCAUCAUGGACAAGUCGCUGCUGGACUACGAGGUCUCCAUCGACUCCGACUGCAAAUUGCUCACCGUGGGCAAACCCUUCGCCAUUGAGGGUGGGGGCCCUGGACCAUCACCCCCCAUCUCACUCUUCCCUUGUUCCCCACAGAAAAUCCACCGGGCUCUGAACAUGGGCAUGGAGGAGCAGAAAAGCCAGCAGCUGAGCUUGGAGCAGAGGUGCAACCUCCAGCUGAGGCAGGUGCCGGCGGCGGGGCAGCCCUGGAGCACCCUGCGGAAGGAGGCACGUCGGGUGCGGUUCCAGCUGGACAAAGCCCCCCCUGAGGGCGAGGGGUCCCUGCAGCACCCCAGGAACGGGCGGGUGCUGCGGCCCCCGGACAGGGAGGCCGGCGAGAGCGAGCUCCGGGAGCUGGAGGAGAAGAUCCAGGAGAUGCGGGACCAGCUGCGUGCAGCCCUGGUGAGGAAGAGCGAGCUGGUGGCCAUGCUGGGCACAGUGAAGAGCGGCCGGGUGCUGCCCGCCCCGUCGGCCACGGAGGAGCCCCGGGAGGAGAGGUGA